AUACCUCCCUCGUCGCUAUGGAUGGCCCCAUGUCGCUGCAGCAGUACGACGGGGCCGACCCCGAUGGCCCACUGCUGCCCUGGGAUGAGGUUUACCAGAAGCUGCUGCUGUCUCCGCGCAAUCGUCCGUCGAUUGUGGAUGGUCCGCUCAAUACCACUAAUUUGAAUUCGUUGCUAUCGGCCUCUUCCUAUCCCGUUCCUGAAUCCUUCUACCCGCCGGGACAGCGCGUCCCCGAUCCGUAUGCGCAAGUCCCGUUAUACGGCGGCUACAACCUCGACGGCCCGCCUCGACAAGCAGCCCUUGCUCGCGAUAUCCCCAGGAUCAAACGCAUUCCUUCCGAUCCGACGCCUCCUCCGGAACCGACCGAACCGCCAAAGAAGCCCAAACGCCAGCGUACCAAUGCCACUGCGACCGAGGCCUCGGCGCGAAAACGCGGUCGACCGCGCAAGAACUUGGAGGGCCAGUUGGGCGAGGACCCAGAAGAGCGACGUCGCAUGCAAAUUCGUCUAGCCCAGCGCGCCUACAGAUCCCGCAAAGAAGCCAACAUUUCCUCCCUCAAAGGUCGCAUCGCGCAGUUGGAAUCGGCCGUGGAGAAAAUGAGCACCACGGUGAUCUCAUUCAGUGACAAGCUCGUUCAGUCCGGGGUGCUGGCUUCGCAUGCCGAUCUGACCGGUCAUUUGCGUGAGACGGUUCAGACUUGUCUGGAUUUGGCCAAGGAGACGAGCGAGGAGCAGGAUCUUUCCGAACUAUCGCCGGACAGCGGAAAAUCUCAAUCUUCACCGGACAAGGCCAAUGGCCCAUCGGUGCCCCCGGAACUCGUGUCGAAUCCCAUAUCUCCCGCCAUCUCGGAGGUGAAGGAUUAUGUGUGCUCGCCGCAUUCCAGCUCCGAUCGUUCGUCGCCGUCGGAGAACAUCGUCGUAUCUCAUAUGGAACUGUCCGCUUUCAUGGAACGUUUGCACAUGGCAUGUCUGUAUCAGGCUUAUCUUGUACUCGCGAACCCCUCGGUUUCCAUGGAUCGCCUGAAACGGCCAUUCCGAUUGCUGUUCACUGUCAUCGACCGAACACGCAUGGUGGCAUUCUUCCAGGCCGCGCUGCAUGCCAAGGUAGGCCAGAGUCGAUUGGACGAGUGGAGAGAAGUUCCAUUCUUCUACCUCGGCGGUGCAGGAUCGCACUACCCUCGAUCCCCUUCCAGGGAUACGUCUCUAGAGCUGCAUCCACUUCGCUAUAACCGGUGGGAGACCGUCCAGAAUCCUCUGUCUCGCGUCUCGCCAGAGUUCCAAGACGAGCUAGACGGGGAAUGGUUCGAUAUUCAGGACCUCGAGGGGUUUCUCCGCGAAAAGAAUGUACAUUUUUUUGUCUCCCAGCCGGAAUCCAAGCCAUCUCCCCUGUCCAUUAAUGUCGGACGUUUCAUACCUGCUUUAAUUACCAAGGCGCUUUGCCUGGGACGCACGCCGGGAUUCCGACGUCAUGACGUCGAAAAGGCUCUGCGGGCGGCCAUAUGGGCUUGAUGCCUCAGAACAUGCAUGAUUAAUGAUUUUACGACUCUUUUCGCAAGGGCUGGCCUGUUGACAUUUAUAAUUUGGUUAUAUAAUGGCGCAUCUCUUGCUAGCUGAUACUCCGCAGCCACAAAUUGGAAAUAAUUCUCCGUUCUGC